AGGACGCUGAGGAGGCGCUGGAGAAGCAGUCGCUCCAUGCCGAGGGUCUGUCCGAGAAGCUGUGGCUGUCUGAGAGACAGUUGGAGGAGCUAGCGGGGGCCAAGGAGACACGGGACAAGAGGACAUUAGAGCUCAGUGACACUGUCUUCAGACUGGAGACUGAGCUAGGGGAGGCCCAACAGAGAGCCACCCAGGCCUCGGCAGAGCUCAGUCUGCACCAGAAGCUACGAGAUGGGGACCAGCUGAGGGUAAAGGAGCUGGAAGAGACGAUACUGGAGAAGGGUCAGGAGCUGCAGAGAGCCCAGCAGACUGUCAGCCGUCUCCAGGGACAGGUGUCUGAUAAGCUGAUAGAUAAGGAGCGUUCCCUGGAGGAGGAGAUCCAGCUGAGAGAGAGAGUUCAGCUGCAGUUGAAGCAGGCAGAGAGGAGCGUAGAGGACCUAACCAUGGAGCUACAGACGGCUGCACAGACCAAGGAGGACCUGGACAAGCAACUCAAACAGCUUCAGGAGAAAGCGAUAGAUCUUGAGAGCGACCUGGAGGAGAUGCAGGACAGUGAACAGAGUUGGGCCAGGAAGCACAAGAGAGCCAUCGAACAGACAGAACAGCUCCAGCUGAAGUUGAUUCAGGAGAAAUAUGUGAAUGAGCAGCUGGACAGUGAGAAGAUCAACCUGACGAGACAGCUGCGUGACCUGCGUGUGGCGAUGGAGGAACUUCACAGCUCCAGAGUCCAGGUGGAUGUGAUCACUAAGACAGAGAACCGGGUCAAGGAGCUGGAGAACGCUCUCAGAGUGGAGGAGAGGAACAAGGUGGUGAUGAGCAACACCAUCAGUAAACUGGAGAGGAAGAUCAACGAACUGUCUGGUCAGCUGGAGGAGGAACAGAAGAUCAUUACAGAGCAGAAGGACCUGAUGACCCAGAGGAUGCGUUCCCUGAAGCGUCAGCUGAACGAGGCGGAGGAGGAGUCCAGUCGUAGAGAUGCUCAGUACCGCCACACCCAGAGAGAACUGACAGAGGAGAGAGAGACCUCCAACAGACUACAGAGACAGCUCCUGGAUCAGCACCUUCAACUCAAACGUAAGGAGUCCACCAUGCAAAUGAGACAGACUCUGGAGAACCUGCGUCUGGAUCUCAGUGUAGAUGAAGAGGACCAGGCUGACCAACAUCCUCCAAGGCCUGAAUAAAGACAACAGCACCUCCUCAUACUAGCAUUUUUCAACACACCUGUAUUGAUAACGGUUAGAGUGAUACCCCCUAAUCGCUAAUAGACUUGACAAGAAACAACACAUUCUACACUGGCACCAAUACUGUCAUUUAUCGUAGAAAAUACAGUGCCCACAAGUGAAGUGUUCAAACCUUCUUUAGCCUCUUUCUCUGUACUAUUGAAAUGUGUCUUUAGUUUUUGUUUUCCAUAAGCGGUUAUUAACUAAAGGUCCCAAUGCAGCUGUUAUUAUCUCAAUAUUAACUCAUUUCUGGGUAACAAGGAUCUUACUGUGAUUGUUUUCAAAUCAAAAUGGUCAAAAAGAAACAAAAAUUGAGUUUUGUUUUUUUUUCUAAUAUUUUUUUUUUGCUGGGAGUGUCUGGGAGAGGGGAAACUGACAACGAGCUGUUAUUGGUAGAGAGGUUUUGAACUCUCUUUCUUAUUGGUCUAUUAACUCAUUUGACCUGCCUGGUGAUGUCACCAGAGUGGGGAAACUGACAUCUAGCUGUUAUUGGUAGAGAGGUUUUGGAACUCUCUUUCUUAUUGGUCUAUGAACUCAUUUGACCUGCCUGGUGAUGUCACCAGAGUGGGGAGUGGGGAAACUGAAGACUAGCUGUUAUUGGUAGAGAGGUUUUGGAACUCUCUUUCUUAUUGGUCUAUCAAAACUCCAUCCCACCAAAACAGGCUGAAACUUCUGGCUGUCUUUUCAAACAGCUCUUACACCAACAGGGCAUUAUCAUAAUGGUAUCAAUUUCACAGUAUUAUUCCAACCCCACAGUGUGGAAAUAUAUAUAAAACACAGGAAACUCAUGUUUUUUUUUGG